AUUCGACAUAAACGAAUUCAUCCGGGAGUGAAAAGUUUUAAAUGUGAAGUGUGUGAUCGAACAUUCUCUGUUCAACAGCAUUUAAUACAACAUAAACAAACACAUACCGUGGAAAAUCCAUUUUCAUGUGAAAUUUGUUUUAAAACAUUUACUAUGAAAUAUAAUUUAAAUAAACAUAAAAAAAUACAUCGAGAUAAAUCAUUUCGAUGUGAAAUCUGUGAUGAACGAUUUCCUCAAAGAAAUCAAUUAGCUGUACAUAAACUACUUCAUAUCGGGGAAGAACGAUUUGCAUGUGAUAUUUGUAAUCGAACAUUUGAUGAUAAAAAUAAAUUAAUUCAACAUAAAGAAACACAUACCGUCGUUCGAGAAGACUUCGAUGAAAAUGAUGAAGAAAAUGUGUUCGAAAAUCAAACAACAAUUCAAGAUAAUAAACUGUAUUCGUGUGACCAAUGUAAUUCAAAAUUUGCAUGGAAUUCGAAUUUAAUUCGACAUAAACAAACACAUAUUCGAGAAAAUCUACUUAUUUGUGAAUUUUGUACAAAAAUAUUUAACUCGGUAGAAUUGUUAAAAGAACAUAAACAAACGCAUAGUGUAGACGAACCUUUAACUUGUGACGUGUGUGAGGAAAAAUUUACUACAAAAAAUGAUUUAAUUCAACAUAAAUUCAUUCAUAAUGGAGAAAAAUCAUUUUCAUGUGACGUGUGUGAUGAGAAAUUUGCUCAUCACUUCAAUUUAAUUCGACAUAAGCUAACUCAUAGUGAAGAAAAAAAAAUUUUCUCUUGUGAUGUUUGUAACAUAAAAUUUGCUAUGGAACAUAAUUUAAUCCAACAUAAAUCAAUUCAUGAUGAAGAAAAACGGUUUCCAUGUGAAAUUUGUGAUAAACAAUUUGUUACGGAACAUAAUUUAAUUCAACAUAAACUUCUUCAUGACGAAGAAAAACCAUUAACUUGUGAAAUUUGUAACAAAACAUUAGCGACAAAACAGACUUUAAUCGAACAUAAACGAACACAUACCGGUGAAAAACCGUUUUCAUGUGAUGUCUGUAAUAAAUCGUUUAGUUUUCGACAAACGUUACUCAGUCAUACACGUAUUCAUAAUGAAGAAACACGUUUUUCUUGUGAAUUUUGUGAGAAAACAUAUACACAAAAACAUUGUUUAAACGAACAUAAACGAACACAUACCGGAGAAAAACCGCUGACAUGUGAAAUUUGUUGUAAAACAUUUGCUUGGAAAAGUAAUUUAAUUCAUCAUCAAAAAAUGCAUGCGAACGAAAAAAAUUAUGUGAAAUUUGUAAUCAAACAUUUGUAAUAGUUUAAAGUAGUUCGGCGCCGUCACAUGGCUAAUCAAUUAGUU